AUGGAACCAUGGAGCAUGUUGAUGGCAGCAAUAGUGGCUCUUUUGAGCUACCUCAUCGUCCAGACGAUCUAUCGUCUCUAUUUCCAUCCCCUGAGCAAGUUUCCCGGGCCUAAGAUUGCAGCUAUCGGUCGCUUUUACGAGUUCUACUUCAACGUGAUCAAGGGAGGCAUGUACAUCUGGGAGAUACAGCGCAUGCAUGAAAAAUACGGCCCAAUCGUACGAAUUAACCACCGAGAGCUUCAUAUCAAAGAUCCCCAUUACUAUGACGAGAUAUAUAGCUCUCGCAAACAGGAAAAAGACUACUACGCCGUCUCUGCAUUUGGCAUGACUCUGUCUAUGGUUACAACUCUCGACCAUGAUCUUCAUCGCUUCCGCCGGGGUAUCUUGAAUAGCUUCUUCUCCAAACGAGCGGUCGUUAGUCUCGAGCCCCUGAUCCUGGAAAAAGUGCGUCGUGUAGCUGAGCGCCUCGAAGAAGCCUUCGAGGAAAAUGCCGUGGUUCCGUUCGAUAAACUGUUCGCCGCAUUGACCGCAGAUGUUAUCUCCAAAUACGCAUAUGGGCAAAGCCUGGGCUGCCUGGAGAGUAAAGAGCUGAAGAAUGGCUUCAGGGAUUUUGGAAACGUUGCUGGCAAUUUAUCCCAUAUCAGCACAUUCUUCCCUAACAUGAUGGCUAUGCUCAAGGCUCUACCUGAAGGAGUAUUGCAGGCGAUGCAGCCGCAGGCCGCAGGUUUUUUUGCAGUGAAGAAGCUCGUCAACGACCAAGCUAUAGCUACGCUCAGUGAGGCUAGUCAACCAGGAUAUAAGGCGCCAGAGGGAGCUGAUAAGACAAUCUUUCACGCACUCUGUGACCCUGCAGUGCCAGCGAAGGAGAAGGAGCUCAAUAGAGUAUCAGAGGAGGCAUUGGCUGUUCUUGGUGCAGGUACAGAAACGACAGCAAGAGUGUUGACCGUGGGCACAUUUUAUCUAUACCACGAUAAAUCCGUGUUGUAUAGGCUGCGUGAGGAGCUGAAGGAGGUGAUGCCCAAACCGGAUAGCAGUAUCACCUGGACACAGUUAGAACAACUGCCAUAUCUUGUAAGCUUCGGGUCUCUUUAUGAUCGAUGCCAUCUAGCGAUAUCACUAACGGAGAGUCGCAUACAGAAUGCUUUUGUCAGCGAGUCACUUCGAGUGUCUCACACACUGAUCAUGCGGCUCCCGCGAAUCGCGCGGGACCACAGUUUGGCGUAUAAGGAAUUUGUGAUUCCACCAGGUACACCAGUUAGCCAGUCAUCAUACUUCGUUCAUACGGACCCAACUAUAUUCCCCGACCCUGAAAAAUUCGAUCCUGAACGUUGGAUUCAAGCCACGGAAAAAGCAUACGCAGAGUUAUAUCUCAUGUUUGCCGUCAUGGCUCGCAGGUUCGAUAUGGAAUUGCAUGAAACCACGAUUGAGAAUAUUCGGGUGGGGAGGGAAUUUGGUAUUGGCUUGCCGAAGCAUAAGAAUGUAGUUCAGGGUCAUGCCAGGGUAACGCAUAUUGUGGCCGAGUGA